AUCGCACACCCCUACUCUUAGCUGGUUGUAACAGCAUCAUCACUGAGUUACAAACGUUAAAGGGAAAACUAUAAAUUCUCCGCUAUACUGCGUACUGAGUAAGUACUAGUAGCCUAUAUAAGAAAUCACAUUAUUACAUAAUAUUUAAAAACUGCCCCGAACUAAACAGAAGAUCGAAGCCCUCACCAAGAUGGCCGCCGUUCCGGAACGUGAGUUUUACUGGCUGAGGCGCAACUUCCGCUCUCGACUCCUCCUUUGUCUGAGUCCUUUCGGUCCUCCGCCUAGUUAUUUAUUUAUUUCCUUUUCGUUUGUGGGGUAUAUUUUUAUAUAUCCUUAUCUCUCGGUUAUUGAAUGACAUUCGAUUCCGUCACAUAUAUGCCUAAAAGCAAAGCCCCCAAAAUGGAUGAUCUGGACUACAUCCCAGCGGACCUGAGCCCAGAGGAGCGCUCCGAGCUGGAGGAGAUCCGGCGCAGGAAAGGAGCGCUGCUUCUGGAGAUCCAGCGACUGAAAGAGGAGCUGAGACAAGCCAUUAUAGAGGUGGAGGGGCUGGAGAGCAGCACAGAGGGCAGUAAAACAUUACAGAAGAGUCGGCAUGUGGCCAUGGGCAGGAAGAAAUUCAACAUGGAUCCGAAAAAGUCAGAUGACUUCAAUAUUAAAGUAUUGCAAGCUUUUGUUGAUCUCCACGAAUUCACGGAUCUGAACUUGGUACAAGCACUUCGGCAGUUUCUGUGGAGCUUCCGCUUGCCCGGCGAGGCUCAGAAGAUUGACAGGAUGAUGGAGGCGUUUGCACAGAGAUACUGUCACUGUAAUCCUGGAGUCUUCCAGAGCACAGACACCUGUUACGUGCUGUCGUUUUCCAUCAUCAUGUUGAACACCAGUCUGCACAACCCCAACGUGAGGGACAAGCCCACGGUGGAGCGCUUCAUCAGCAUGAACAGAGGCAUCAACGACGGAGGAGAUUUACCCGAGGAGCUGCUGAGAAAUCUGUAUGACAGCAUCAAGAAUGAGCCCUUCAAGAUCCCAGAGGAUGAUGGGAAUGACCUGACGCACACUUUCUUCAACCCUGACAGAGAAGGCUGGCUCCUCAAACUGGGAGGUCGUGUGAAGACAUGGAAGAGACGGUGGUUCAUUCUGACUGACAACUGCCUCUAUUACUUUGAGUACACAACAGAUAAGGAGCCCAGAGGCAUUAUACCAUUGGAGAACCUGAGCAUUCGAGAGGUCGAAGAUCCCAGAAAGCCAAACUGUUUUGAGCUCUACAUCCCUAAUAACCGCGGGCAGCUGAUUAAAGCGUGUAAGACGGAGGCCGACGGUCGAGUGGUGGAGGGAAACCACAUGGUGUACCGGAUCUCAGCUCCCACUUCGGAGGAGAAGGACGAAUGGAUCCACACCAUCAAAUCCGCUGUGAGUGUGGACCCCUUCUACGAGAUGCUUGCAGCCAGGAAGAAACGCAUUUCCCUAAAGAAGAAAGAAGAGCAGCCCUGAAAGUCCUCCAUUGCUCCUCAAUCCAUCCAUCCAUACGCUCCCUCCGUUCUCUGGGAAACCAAUGAUCCUUCAUUGUGGUAGAUCUCGUCCUCUCGUCAGAUCAAUCUGUUAUUCCAGUUUUAUGGAGAGACGGAUGUCGUUGGGAAACCAGAACGUCAUCAUCUUCGGUUUGGAUUUCAGUGGUCUGGUCUGCAUCGUUUAUUUCCACACUUCUCCUACACUUGCACACUACACAGUGUUAUUCACUAUCGCACUAGUCUGUACAGAUGCUCACUGUAUUAUGCUGACAUUCCAUAGGACUUCACUGACAAACGUAACAUUCAUAAACCUGCAUAAAUCUCCAUCCUCAUCUCACACUCCCUCCGCUCUCACAGUUCCUGCUAUUGACAGCAUUUUACUAUGAAGUUCUUACACGAACAGAGUAGACGACCAAACAGCCUGAUGCAUUCGUCAUCAUCACCAUCAUCAUCAUCUUCAUCAGGGACGGAUCUAACCGAACCUUUAGCAGAGACGAGUGGGACGUUUCGUUAGUUCGGUCACUGUUGGUUUACUGAGUCUAUUCUGCUGCCUGUCUUAACGUUAUUUUAUCUGACACUAUUUAUCUCGGACUCGUUUGAGUUUAUUUACAUGUUAUAAAUGAAGAUGAAGGUCAUUGCUAUUCACGCCACAUUUCGAGCGUUACUGAGUUACUGAGCGCGUCACUUCAGUUUACCUAUUAGUUACAUAUCACUUCAGCACAUCUAUGAAACAGGAUAUGCGUUUUACACUGAUGUUGGUAUCGGCCGCAUGAUAAUCCCACCGGUGAUGUCAUUUCCUGUGCACAACUGCGUUGAACUUCACAUCUGUAGAAACGCACUUCAUUAUUUGUGAAUCCUUGAAUAAGCUCCUUCACCUUAAGAAAAGAGCCUUAAAUGUCCCACAGCCCUGUUUCUGAAUGUUCUUACACUAGUGUUUCAACUAAACUUACUAGGUUUAAACUCAACCACAGGGGCUGCAAAACUGUUCUUGGGGGGAAUCUCACGAAAACAUGUCCAGAUUAUAACAGAUUUUGUGUAAUAUAAAAAAUGUAUUUAUUUAUUAUUAUUAUUAUUAUUAUUUGGCAUUAUUUCCAUAACUAAGCACAUUUCCUCCUAGGUGCAUACAGGCGUUUGGUGGAAUGAAAUCUAAUUUCUUAUUUCUCUGAAAUUUGGAACGAAAUUUGACUCAUGAUCUUGACAGAUUUGGUGAGAUUCGCUCUCUUACUCUUUCCUACUACAAGCAAAAAAAUAUUUAAUUAAAGGACUGAUUAUGGUAAUUUGCUGAAAAUGUACU